AAUAUUCAAUAGAAGUUCACAAAAAAACUUGUAGAAUGACUGUUAUUUCAGAUAAAAGUAUGAUUCAGACAAGCACACCCCAGAAGAAAUACAAAGGCAUUCGACGCAGAAAAUGGGGCAAAUGGGUAUCGGAAAUUAGAGUUCCCGGCUCCCAAGAACGUCUCUGGUUAGGCUCUUAUGCAUCCCCUGAAGCUGCAGCAAUAGCACAUGAUGUUGCAUUUUAUUAUCUACGAGGAAUUUCAUCACCGGAAAAAUUCAAUUUCCCUUCAAUGUUACCGGCUGGGGCCUGGACAACGAUGUCUCCCUCAUCGGUACAAAAGAAGGCCUCAGAUGCUGGCAUGGCCAUUGAUGCUCAAUUAUCUUUGAAUAUGGCGGAAGUGAAUGAAGAUUAUGAGAUGAAUUUUUUGCAUAAUGAAAAUUGGGAAACAUCAUGGGAGUGGAGUGAUAGGUCCAAUGAAGGUGAAGCUUUAAGCAUUUCAGUUGAAGAUUAUCUAUAGGUUUCUGGGAUUCUUCAAACUCCUAAGUACUUUUUAGGUAAAUUUGGUGUAUAUGUUUCUCGGAUUUGUUAAGUGAUAUAACUCUAGAUCGAAUAAAGAUGAAAUAUAGACUAAUUUAUAAGAGUUUAGUUUGCUCCUUUUUAAUAAAUU